CGGAAUGACAGCUCCAUCACGGCUGCCGGCGCUGCAGGUGUAGUAGCGGUCUGUUGUUCGAGCGCGUGGAUGCUCACUCACUCACUCACAACAAUGAAGGCGCGUGCGGUAGAAUUUGUGACCGUUGGAAUUUAAAAUCGAGCACUCGGAUAUAAAAACAGUAGCCGACGGUUAACCGUUAGUUUGUUGUUUUGGGAGUUCGGAUAGCUUUAUUGUUUUAACACGAACGCUUAAAAUAAUCUACACCUGACUGACCCCAGAAUUUCCCUGACAAAGGAUUUCGGACCAGCGUUUGGAUGACAUUUGGUCGCAACAUGGUUCCAGGCACCUUUGUCAUCCAAAUCAAAGAAUUUACUGAGUAACAGAGGUAAAGCAUUUAGACCCACUGGAGUGCUGUUCAUGGAGGUCCGCUGGCUUCUGCUGCAGUUCGGAACCAGCCUGCUCCUCCUGAGUGCAGUGGUACAAUCUACAUCCAGUCGAGAGCUUUAUACAAACUCCUGGGCUGUUCACAUCACUGGAGGGCAGGAAGAGGCUCUGCGCAUCAGCUACAAACACAACUUCAUCAACCAUGGCAAUAUUUUUGGUGACUACUACCACUUUCAACACAGAGGAGUUGUGAAGAGGUCUGUUUCAGGCCAUCGUGGGGUCCAUGUUCGUUUGCUUAGUGAACCACAGGUGAUUUGGGCAGAACAACAGGUUGCCAAGCCGAGAAGAAAGCGAGACACUUACAACAAGCCCACUGAUCCAAAGUUUCCUCAGCAGUGGUACCUGUACAACCCCAGCCGCCGGGACCUGCAUGUGAAAGAAGCCUGGGCUCAGGGCUUCACAGGAAAGGGAGUCGUCAUUACCAUCCUGGACGACGGCAUUGAGAAAGAUCAUCCUGACCUGAUUCAGAAUUACGAUCCAGAUGCGAGUUAUGAUUUGAAUGACAGAGAUCCAGACCCACAGCCCAGAUACACACAACUAAAUGACAACAGACAUGGGACUCGUUGUGCUGGGGAGGUUGCUGCCGCAGCCAACAAUAGUGUCUGUGGAGUGGGUGUGGCCUAUAAUGCCAGAAUUGGAGAUUUUUCAUCCCAUCAAUUCAUCCAUACAUCUCAGCUAUCCAUCUAUGCAUGCAGUCAUCUGUCUAUCCAUCAGAUCCAUCCAUCGAACCUAUUCGUUUUUUCAAUCAAUCUAUACUGUGUGCGUAUGCUGGAUGGUGAGGUGACAGAUGUUGUGGAAGCUCAGUCACUAACCAUCAACAACCAGCACAUUCAUAUCUACAGUGCCAGCUGGGGUCCAGAGGAUGAUGGCAAGACGGUUGAUGGCCCUGCCAAGCUGGCUAUGGAGGCUUUUCUGCAAGGUGUCACAGAGGGUCGAGGAGGCCUCGGCUCUAUUUUCGUGUGGGCUUCUGGUAACGGUGGCCGAGAGAAAGACAGCUGUAACUGUGAUGGCUACACCAACAGCAUCUACACUCUGUCUAUUAGCAGCACCACUCAGUAUGGCACCGUGCCAUGGUACAGCGAGGCCUGCUCAUCCACCCUUGCAACCACCUACAGCAGCGGCAAUCUCAACGAAAAGCAGAUCGUAACAACAGAUCUGAGAAGAAAAUGCACAGACUCACAUACUGGAACGUCUGCUUCAGCUCCUCUGGCUGCCGGAAUUAUCGCUCUCGCCCUGGAAGCUAAUAUGAAUCUAACCUGGAGGGACAUGCAACAUCUGGUGAUUAGAUCGGCACAUCCCACCCACCUCAUUACAAAUGAUUGGAGGACCAAUGGCGUGGGUCGCUUAGUGAGCCAUUCCUAUGGCUAUGGUCUGCUGGAUGCAAGUGUCAUGGUGGCAUUGGCCCAGAACUGGACCAGCAUGGGGCCUCAGCACAAAUGUGUAAUCGACAUGCUGACUGAGCCCAGGGACAUUAGAAAUCAUCUGGUGUUCAGUAAAAGUGUAGACGCCUGUUUAGGGCUGCCUGACUUUGUGAGUUCUUUGGAGCAUGUGCAGGCCAGACUCACAUUGUCAUACACACACAGAGGAAACCUGGCCAUCCACCUCAUCAGCCCUCCAGGGACCCGCUCCACACUGCUGGCACCCAGGCCCCAGGACAACUCGGCUGAAGGUUUUAACGACUGGGCCUUCAUGACCACACAUUCGUGGGAUGAGAAUCCUCAGGGAGAGUGGACAUUGGAAAUAGAGAAUGUAGCCAGCCUUAAUGAUUAUGGUGUUCUUUCACAGUUUACACUCAUCCUAUAUGGAACAGGUUCCAGUGCUAUGGACUCAGGUGGCUAUGACUUCAGCAGGCCAUCCAACAACAGCUGUAAAACCUUCGAUGCCCAACAGAUCUGCAUUGAGUGUUGCGCCGGUUCAUGGCUCUACCUACAGGGCUGUGUGAAGUCGUGUCCUCCUGGCUUUACCGCAGGCCUUCAGCAACUCAACCUCUCUUUGGAAAACUGGGUGGAGCAGUCCUCUGUGCAGGCAUGCCUUCCAUGCCACACUGCAUGCCUGACAUGCUCUGGACCCAGUGAGUCUGAGUGCCUAUCCUGCCCUCCUCACAGCCACUUGAAGGAUAAAACAUGCCUGCAUCAAAACCAGGUGCAGCGUAACUCUCCCCUCAGCCCCACACUCAACAGUGAGAGAAAGAAUGUAGCCAAAUCAGACUCCAAAGUGCCAGAAUCUGAAGGAUCUUCACACAUGCCUGUGCUGGUGGCCGUGCUCAGCUGCGCCUUUAUCCUGGCUACAUCUGCGACCGUUUUCAUGCUGCUGCAGAUGCACUCUGGGGCAUCCGGAACCCAAUUCUGCCGGAGGACCAAAUUGCAGGUUACUGACUCGAGCGGCAGAGGUGUGCGAGUCGGGUUCGGGUUCGGAUUCGGAUUGGGACGGGAUUGGACGAACAGCAGGGUAUCGUACAGAGGGAUCCCCACUGUAUGUGGGGACGAGGAUACUGCCAGGGGAGGGAAUUCUGAAUCAGAAACUGAAGAACUGGAUAGUCAAAGUGAGAAGACCGCUUUUAUAAGGACCCAGAGCGCACUCUAGUGCUCCCCAGACUCUUUUUUUAAAUGCUUCUGUCUUCCUCUCACAGGAUGAGAGAGCUACUCUAGGCAGUUCCUUUCUCUCUGUCUCUUGCACUGUUGCAUCUCAGCUCUGCUCCACGUCCUGAAAGAGAGCAGAUAUGGGCAGGUAGGCAGGUGCGGGUCUGUUUGUAAAAAGGAUUCAGUGCUGCAGUGUGAGUUAUUCAUGAUAUCGGACUUGAAUCUUUGAUGAAUCCCAGCAGGACUUUCUGGCUGCAGAGUGCUGGAAGAUCCUUUUAUUUUGGCUUUAAAUUCUCAGUUGUGGUUUGACUUGAGAUUUAAUGUGCGUACCCAGAUUCAUGUGCGUGACUGUAAAUGCUAAUGUCUCUUUUAGAGCUGAAAAGGGCUGAAUUUACUCCAGUUGGUCUUUUAUUAUCAGUGGACUAGGCUGGAUUUAUGCACAACACAUUUUUGAUGAGUGAGUGGCCAUAAAGUGCAUACAUAUUAAGUGUAGGAUUUAGUGUCAUUGUUGCAUUUUAAACUUGAGCUGGCAAUCAGUUUCAGCCUAUAUGUCUUAUCUCUUUCUAUUUAUGUAGGGAUGUUUGCUGCAUUACUACAUUUGUGUUGUUAUAGCCAGUAGAGAUCUAAAUAAAGCCAAGUG